AUGGGAUGGGAUGCCAUAAGGGCGGAGGCCUUGCUGCACGAGAUCCCCAACCGCAGUCCGCUCAACGCCAUGAUGGACCCUUCCUCUUCCUCCACCGCCUCCGCCUCCGCCCCUGCUCCGGCUGCCUCCACCUACAGCAGCGAUAGCGGGGGGCCCGCCGCUGCCCUGUCGGCAGCGGUCGCCACGGCAUCCCGGCGGUUUCAGCACCUGCUGGACCGGUCAACUCCGCACGUGGGCCGCCGUUGGCUGGGCCUCGCUGGGGGAGUGUUGGUGUACGCGCUGCGCGCGUGGUUCGUCGGCGGCUACUACAUCGUGACGUAUGCCCUCGGCAUCUACCUCCUCAACCUCCUCAUCGCCUUCCUGUCGCCUCAGGUCGACCCCGAGCUCGCCGAGGUGCUCGGCGAGGGGCCCGCGCUCCCCACGCGCUCCUCGGACGAGUUCCGUCCGUUCGUCCGCCGCCUGCCCGAGUUCAAGUUCUGGGCAAGUUCUUUUCAUCUUCUGAGACAACUUCUGGGUUGCGGAAUCUUGAGCUGA